CGCGUCUUUAUUGGAUGGAUACGUCUUGUCUCACAGUGCAUCGUUCGCGUCUCUGAUAUUCAAAGCACCUGCAUGUUUUCCGUGCUUAUAAAAGACUCGGGAAAACUACAAGACCGCUGUAAGGCUUCGACGGAGUGAAAUGUUACAUGGCAGCUAUGGAGUUCCAAGUUAAAAUAGUGACUUUAAUAUUAAUUUUAUCCCUGAAAGCCGGCACGCCUGCACGUUUUCCAGAUGUUUCGCGAUUUCACGGAUGGUGGCCGGAUAACGGAGGAGAUGACAAGAGUUCGCUGACAGAUUACCAAGUGGUGUAUUUACCUAAAUUGGUACCAAGAGAGGCUCUGUCAGAGACCGGCUCUGGAAAAGAUGACAUUCCCUUCCCCUACAGUUUUAAUGCAUUUGGAAGGAACUUCGAUUUACAACUGGUUCCAAAUCGGAGACUCGUGUCUCCACAAUUCAGAGUGUGGUCCGAGAACGGAGAAGAAGAGCCCCUAUCUGAUGUGAACCCUAGCUGUCAUUUCCUGCAUACAGGAUCUGAUACUGUCGCAGCCCUUUCGUCGUGCAAUAACCAUGCAUUACACGGCUUGAUAAUGACGGAUAACUCUACAUACGAAGUACGACCUCUGUCGAAGGGCAGGGCCAUGUCGCACGGCACGCGGCGAGGUCGCACUGCGCACAUUAUACGACGAGCCUCUCCGCCGCCGACGAUCGCCGACGACGCCAGACCGAUACGACACAACCGGCGACGACCACGCGUCUACCCGCGACCGCCUGCCUCCCCCCCGCGGACAUCCUAUACCAUAGAAAUCGCACUGUUUCUUGACCAGUCUGCGUAUAAAAUAUUCUAUCCGUACCUCAACUACAAUGAAGCAGAACUUCGGGAUUUGCUACUCGCUUAUAUUAAUGGGGUCCAAGCACUGUACCAACACGCCUCGCUGGGCACUCGUAUCCAGCUGUCGCUGGUGCGGCUCACCUUACUCCGCACCCAGCCCAGUUCUCUGCCGCCGCACGCAGAAAGAGGAAGGCUCCUUGACUCUUUCUGUGCCUAUCAGAAGUCCCUCAACGUUGAAGAUGACGAUGAUCCACAGCACUGGGAUAUGGCCCUGUUACUUUCGGGCUUGGACUUCUAUUCGGAGGAGGGUGGCCGCCGUAACGGCGUGACGAUGGGGCUGGCUCCGGUGGGGGGAGUGUGUCUCCCCGCGCAUGCGUGUGUGGUCUCCGAGUUUGGAACCACGGACACGCUGGGGCGACCCUACCCGUCUGCAGGCUUCACCUCCGUCUACAUCCUAGCACAUGAAAUAGGACACAAUUUGGGAAUGCACCACGACGGUUCUGGCAACGCGUGCUCUCGAGACGGCUUCAUCAUGUCUCCAUCACGGGGAACCAACGGGGAGGCGACCUGGUCAUCAUGCAGCGCUCGGGUCGUGGCAGACCUUAAUUGGGCCACGUGUCUCUUCGAUGGUGAAGACGACUUGGAUACACCGAAGGAACUUCAACACAACAGAUUCGGCGGAUAUCCCGGCGCUAUUUGGGGCGCAAAGAAACAGUGCGAGGUUCUGUUGCGGGAUAAGGACGCGUCACCUGCAGAAGUUGGUGGUGGAAAUGUUUGUGCCCAGCUCACCUGCAGAUCUCCGCAUAGAGCUGGCUUCUAUUACUCGGGACCUGCGAUUCCUGGUACAACUUGUGGUGAUAGAAAGUGGUGCGAUGGAGGUGCGUGCGUAUCUUCAGACCCGUCGUUCCAGCAGAGUACAGAUGGGCCCAUUGGUGACGUCACGACCUGGAGCGAGUGGAAGUCCAGUGAAUGCAGGUCGGGGUGCACACAGCGCGGCCGAGGGGCGCGAGAACGGAGAAGAACAUGUCCCGCAACCGCCAAGUGCGAGGGUUCUGCCUAUGACGUGGCCCUCUGUGAUGAUGUUAAGGUUUGUGGCAAAAAGACUCGAGUGACAGCUAAUGAGCUGGCAGCAAGAAAGUGUACCGAAUACGCAGCUGUCCUGUCAGACCUGGAUCCUCGGGGAGGUGGGCUGCAGGCGCCUCAUGAUCCUACUCGAAUGUGGAUGGGCUGUGCCAUAUUCUGCCGCCGCUCAGCCGGCGGUGGCUUCUACGCGCCACGAGUCGAGCUCAAUGACGCUGGUCUGGAGCCCUACUUCCCGGACGGCACGUGGUGCCACUUCGACGGUUCUACCAACUACUACUGCCUGCAGCAUCAUUGCUUACCUGAGAAUUUCAAGAUGACAGCGCAAUACCAUAUUUGGGAACUUCCGAGUGAGGAUGUUGGUGGGUCGUUUAACGCUAGAGCUAGAGCUGUUCCUGAUGAUGACGAUUCUGCUGCAGCCAUAAGAGCAUACCUGUCGUUGGACGAUAGAGGAACACCAUACGCUCGAGCUGCCAUUCCUCCGAUGAUACCAGAAGAGCCUGAAGAAAACUGGGAAGUUGAUGACUUUGUAGAAAUUCCCGCACGAAGUAAUUCAACUCUUAAGUAAUGAUUUACUGAAGCAUUCUGACGACCUUGUGAAAUACAAUCUUCAUGCAGAUUUACACAGACUAAUGAAAUUUUCAGAUGGUUUAAAGAUUGUAGAGACUGUUUGAACGAUGACUAACACAAAUUAGUGAUUGUUAACACUUGUAGGAGGUAUUUACUAAGGUUUACUUGCAUUUACUAGAAUUAAGAAUUUACGACAGUAUUAGUAUUCGAUUGAGUAAUUUUCUAUGUAAUAUUUUAGUAUUAGUGUUGUAAUAAUUAGGUAAUAGUUUAUUUUUUAAUACAAUGGAUAGGUUACCAAUCAUUUUAGCAAUGUUUAUGCCCACAAAGAUGCUAGUCGAAUUUAGGUAAUAUUUAUAAUUAGUAUGUAUUUUUUUUGUAGACAGAAGCGAUCUUUUAAGGUAAAAUUUGAUUAAAUGAAUGUAUUUGAUUUAA